UAUUUUUGGCGAAAGAAUAAUAAAAAGGCCAACACUACCUCAAAUUUUUUUUUAUUAGAAACUCUCUCAUAUAUACUUUUGUCUAGCUCUAGAACUAGGAAGACUCAACAUCAUGGCAAAAGAGAUUAACAUCGAGAGUGAUGCUCAAGAAAACUUGCUCGGCACAACCACCACCACAUCCUCUUCUUCCUCCUACUCCUGCUCAUUCGAAUCUUCAUCCGAUUUAUCUGCCGGGUUGUACCAGAAAUACACGAAGAAUGCUGAUCAAGAUUGCACAAUUCAAAAUGGCACAACAAAAGAAGUUGAAGGAAUGAAAAAUGGUAAUAAUGGGUCAAACGAGCAACAAAGCAAGAAGAGGCCAAGAAGUAGUGAGAAUGGUACAAAUGAAGAGAAUAAACACCCUACGUAUAGGGGUGUAAGAAUGCGUAACUGGGGCAAAUGGGUGUCUGAAAUUCGUGAGCCGAGGAAGAAAUCCAGAAUUUGGCUUGGAACGUACCCCACAGCCGAAAUGGCAGCUCGAGCACAUGACGUAGCGGCUCUAGCCAUCAAAGGCGCCUCCGCUUACCUCAAUUUCCCUGAAUUGAGAAAUGAUCUCCCACGCCCGGUAUCCACGACUCCCAAGGACAUCCAAGCCGCCGCAGCCAAGGCGGCUGCAGCCUUUGAAGGAGCCAAGUUGUUACCAUGUGUAACAAUUGAUCAUGACACACACGAGGCAGAAGCCGAAGCCGAAGCCGAGCCGAGCCGAACCCAGAUUCCCACGUCGUUUAGUACAACUCUGUCGUCGACUACCACGGAAAACGGUAAUACUCAAGAGUCAACUAGUUCUCCUUCUUCAGCUGAUAAUUAUGAGGACACAUUGUUUGACCUACCUGAUCUUUUCAUCGGCGGUACCGACAGCGGCACUGAGUUUUGCUAUUAUUCUUCGUCGUGGCAUUUAUGUGCAGCCGAUACAGGACUCCGGCUUGAAGAGCCAUUCUUAUGGGAGUACUAGCUAGCUCGCUAAUAAAGAAAUUAAGGCCACAUUGGAGCAUUUUGUCAAACAGAUUCUGAUCGAAAUUAAUAUUCAUCAUUACUAUGAUCUGUUUUUAUCACAAUCCUCCAGGCAACGAAGGCCCCAGUUCUGAUCUCGAAAAGGGUCUAAUGAUUGAAUCUUCGAAUUGAGGUUUUGCUUUUAGGCCAAAAGAAAAUCUGGGUUGGGUUUGGCUCGUUUAUGUAUCUUUGGUUCAGUUUGGAUCAACUGCUACUACAAGACAAUCGAAAACAAACGGGUUAAUUAGUUUUUUUUUUGUUUGAUUAUAUUUGUCCCACAAAGAGAGAGAAAUAAACCUAAGCUUGAGUCCCAAGUUCCGAUGUACUAUAAAUAUAUGAGCAAAAUACAAAUUAUAACAAUGAUUAGUGUUUUUUCUUGGUAUUACUGUUAUUAGUAUGAACAAUUAUUGUAAAGUACUCCACUCUGCUCUUCCCCAGAGCAUUAUUACGAGGUCUUAGACUCUACACUCUAUGUUAUUUAUUUUAUUA